AGUGAAACAAACUUUUGUUACACGUCAGUUGUCAGGCAAGUUUGCAAGCCAUGCAGGACUUCUAGGCCUCACAGAGGAUUACUGUGUUUACUGAGGGUGAGUGAUCUCUUAUCUCUCUAUGCAGAUAUAUCACAUAUUUCAUACUAUCACUUUUUUUUUGUUUGUGUAACUCCCCCCCACGAGCAUAGCUACAUCAUGAAUAUUCGCAAGAUAUUAAACGGAUAAGAAAGCGAUAUCUAGCAGAUAACGUGCGAUAAACUGCACAUUUUUGAAAAUAAAAAUAAUUAGAGUCGAGAUUAACACAACGCAGAGCGGUUAUAACUAACGAAAAUUAAGUAGAGCAGAAUAUAUGCACUGAAUGCCUAUACAGCAAUACCUUGUUUAAAAAUUAUAUGAGAAUUAAGUGUUAGACAGAGAUUUCACUGUCAUUUUUGUAUGGAUAUAGACAAUCAGAUAAACAAGCGCCAGAUUAUACUUGUUGGCUGUAUACAGCAGUGUAUAACGCUUAAAUUAGGUCUAUGCUUGUUUCGUUACAUAAUCUAUAAUUCUAGGAAGCAAUGCUGCAAUUAGCCUUGAUGUGGAUCCACCUAGUUGUCGAUAUAUAUUAACUACCUCAGCUAUAACCGGUGCUAGGUUUUCUAAAUCAACCUCACUUAACGCAAACGAAAGGUAGAACAACUAGAUUGCUUUUAAAAAAAACAAAAACCUGCAGUCUGAGCUAUUUAGUUAAAGGAUCACUAUAGUGUCAGGAAAACAAAGUUAAAACCCCUUCAGCUACUUACCUUCAUCCAGCGCCGGGCUCCUUGGUGACCUCUCUUCCCCCACCAACGUCAGCUCCCGAGUGGAGCGGAAUGCGCAUGCGCGGCAAGUGCCGUGGCCCCAUUCUAACAGUCCAUAGGAAAGCAUUUCUCGGUGCUUUCCUAUGGGCGUUCUGCACGCUGGAUGCGAAUUUCGCAUCGAGCGUCGCAGAUGCGCCUCUAGCGGCUGUCAGGAAGAUAGCCACUAGAGGCUGGAUUAACCCUGCUAUGUAAACAUAGCAGUUUCUCUGAAACUGCUAUGUUUACAUCUGAAGGGUUAAAACCAGAGGGACCGGGCACCCAGACCACUUCAUUGAGCUGAAGUGGUCUGGGUGACUAUAGUGUCCCUUUAAGUUGUAGGCAGGAGAUAUCACCUUGUCAGCCUAUGCUCAAGCAAGGGAUGGUGUCCUGCAAAAUAAAAAUUGAGAGUAAGUACGCAAACUUUAGAAUAGGUGACAUUUAUAGAGCAUAUUUGUUCAUGCUUCUGUAAUGACUCAUUUAUUAAAAUUCAAAUUUGAAGAAAUGCUUGUAGGGGUCCUUGAAAUGGAACUCUACAUUAGGUGAAAAUCCAGCCAAAACUUAAAAGGGGUGCAGGGUGACCCAUAUGUUAAAUCUAUAAAUUAAAUUAUUGGUUGCAUGUAAAAAACAAUCAAUCACUAAAUGUAACAGGUAUAAAGUAAAUCUCUGUUUUACUGUUAUUAAGUUAAAAUCUUUGCCCAAUAUCAAAAAAAGAUUUCAUUAAAAAAAAAGUAUAAACGUUGGAAAUCCAAAGUGAAAUCAAAAUGAUAUUAACAUUUUAGACAACAAUAGUAAAAUAUGGGGAAUUUCUUAAAAAAGCAUUGUCAUUGGCCAUUCGGAUUUUUUCACAGUCACCCUUUUUUUUAUUUUUUAUUUCAGUUUGCUCAAUUGUACUUUUUUUUUAAAUUUUAUUUUUUGGGAAUUUGACUGACCGACCCUAGAUCUCUCUCCAUGCGGACGCCAUGCUCAGUAUCCUGGCAGUGACACAUAGUAUCUGCCUCUGGUUGCCCUAACUCUGAUGCUAUGGAAACUAUGCUUUCCGCGCAUGUCCAUGAACCUAGAGGCAAAGUCAACUGCACUGGGAAUGCGCGACACUCAGGAAAGGCUAGAGGAUGGUGACUAUAGACGAGGGAUGUGACAGAGAAGUGAGUAUUCAGGAAAAUGGAACUUCACAAAUCUUAACAAAGUAAGUGGAGCUUGCCUUAUGCUCCACCAUUCAUCAAGCGGAGGAAAAAUACAUCACAAACUAAUCCCUACUUAGUCUUAUGUAUUUUAUGAGAAAAAAACAAAAAACAGAAUAGAACAGAUUUAGAAAGAGGAAGAGGAAAUAAUUGGAGAUAGGUAGGUUUUGGGAGACACAGCCACUUUUGAAGUCAUCUAUGUUUUGAGUUUAACUAUUUUGGCCAAAACAAAUUUAUAUUCACUAUGGAUUCCUAACAAUUCACACUUUAAAGGGACUCUCCAGGCAAACAAUUUUACUCACCUGGUUCCAGCCUUGUGAAGCCGCGCCCCCUAUUUUGUCAAAAUGACGAAAUAGGCGGGCACGAGCAGGGAGAAAUCAGACGCUUCCAUUUGGAAUUGGAAGCAUCAUUGCUCCCUUGUGCACAUGCGUGGCUUCGCCGCACAUGCGCACAUACUUCAGAGGGCGGCAUUCAUGCCGCCCUCUGAAGUCCUGAGCGCACUACCGCGCAUGUGCGCGGUGUGCGCAGCCGCGAGCUGAGCUGACUGACUGCUCAGCUUGUGGUCUUUGCCUGCCCCUCUCCUCUGCUGACAGGCAGAAGAGAGAAGGCGCGCACACAGUGCCUUCUCUCUUCUGGACACGUCAACGUAUUUUAAUACGUCUGACGUGUACAAGGCCUUUUUAGGGCCCUGCAUGAUAGGAAGUCCCUCUGGUGGCCGCCUGAGUGACGGCCACUGGAGGUAUUCCUAUCAAUCAAUGUAAACACUGUAUUUUCUCUGAAAAAUGUUGUAUAUUUUUUUUCAUUUAGUAAAGAACACAUUAAAGCAUGGGUCCUCAAACUGCCCCCCCGAGGUGUUGCUGAACUACAACUUCCAUGAUUCUUUGAAUUACAUAGCCAGAGAAUCAUGGGAGUUGUAGUUCAGCAACAUCUGGGGGGCCGGAGUUUGAGGACCCAUGCAUUAAAGGAAAGACCGUAAUGCAUGUCCACACUUGUAUUCUAAUUACCACGAGUGGUUAUGAAAAGGCCUUUCCCGGACUCCCCAUGUGUAAGGACAACAAGCUCCAACAAUUUGUUGCUGUGCUCAAGAUGUAACCGAGUAAACUUGCAGAAGCCAGACACAGAGAGAUGGAUGCAGGUUUUCAGGAAGUAAGAGGUCUUUAUUAACAUACCGAUCGGGUCUCAGAUGAACUAACGUUCCAAAACAGGUCUGAGGGCCGAACACAUGGGCAUGGCUUAAUAUCAUCAGAAAAAGGAUUAGAGUAAAGAUAUAAUUUAGAGGAGACCAAUGCAUAUAGGGCUAGAGCGGAAAUGGACAUGAACCCAGAUUAUUUAAUGUAACAACUUCCAAAAGCAUUAAGAGUCCAACCCACAAUUUUAUGUUAAAACUUAACUUUUAAUAUUUAAUUAGGUAAAAAAAAACACUUUUAUAUGAAGUGCAAGCAAAUAAUAUCAAAUGUGUCUAAUACGAAAUUUGUCUAUAACAAAUAAAUAAAAGCAGCUUUAGGGUAAGGAUAUCCAAUAAUAUGAUCAAUUACUCUGAUAUCAUCUAGUAUAUGAAUCCACUAACUGGCUAUUAGACCAAUCUCUGAGCUUUAGGUCACUUUCACUUAACACACAUAGCUUAUAUGUAGAGAUAAUUCAACCAUAAAGGAAAAUUUGCAUGUCAGGAAAAAAAUUCAAAGCGGUUUAGGUUUAAAGCCAGGUAGGAAAUUAGAUUGUGAAAAAAGGGGCCGAGAUAAGCGUCUGGUAUUAGAAAUGCUUGCAAAGGUGUCUGAGGGUGUGAAACUGAUGUGGUUACUUGGGGAGGUAGGGGCAGCCGAUGAGUGGUGCAGCGCAAGGGUAUGUAUCCUUACAGUAGGUCAGACAGAAGAUGUGGGUAGGUGCAUAAUAUGAUGUGAUUUAUAGGAAAAUCUGAUUUUGACCUUCUAGUUUGAGAGCAGUAUUUUUUUUUUAUUUUUUUUUUUUUUAUUUUUUUUUAGGUGUAGGAUUUUUACCAUGGGCUGAAGAAAAAAAUAUAGGGACACAGUAGAUAUUGCUGAACCGUAAAAGUUAGGAAGUGUUCGGAGGUAAAAUAAUAAUAUUAUAUAAUCAGGUAAUAUUCAGAUUUUCACACAGCAACAUCAAAAUUCCAUCAAAGAGUUAACUUUUUUUUUUUUUUACAAUUUGCCAUAUGACCUACAUGUUUUAUAAUGAAGAAAUAUUGGCAAAGAAAAGCAUGCAGUAAAGGCACUUUGUACUGUUAUGACACCACCAGUGUAGCCUGGAAUCUGGCUAGCAGCAAAAGGGGAGGAAAAAUUGUGCAACAGUAAUUCCAGGCAGAUCUGAGGUUGAAAGGCCAUAGGAACAAAUACAUGAAAAAGACUAGUGCUAUUGCUAGAAUACAAGUAUUUGGGAUCCUUUGACCAAGCAUCAUGAUAAAUUACACCAACAAAACCUUAAGAAAUAGAGAAAUUAAUGGGUCGUUGGUCGUUCUAUUAAUUCUCACCCUUCGUGCACAUGGGCUGUAGGAGUGGGGUGUAAGGCAAUAACUUUUCUCAGGUUAAGAGUUUAAGGAAUCCUUUGUUCAAAGUACUAUCUUUCUGGCUUGAACCCUGGAUUCUGUCACAACAGAAUGAAACCAAACAUUCUUCUUGUAACUAUUUUCUGUCCCAUGGUUCUAUUUUUUUAAUCUUGUCUUUAUCCUCAUAUGAUCCUGUAUGAGAUUAUUUGAGUGUAUUCGGUUUUCUAAUUGCACGUAAUGUACUUUGUUUAAUUUUAGGUUGCAUGGAGCUGAUUUCAGUCUGUCUGGACAGUAGUGUUUGAAGCUUUCCAUUGGACACUUGGCACGUGACAUUGAUAUCAUACAUAAAUCACAGAGGUACACAUAUCUCCUGAAAUGUCCAGCUAUCUUACUGCAGCCAUACAGUCUGCUUUGCAGGCCUUCCCACGCCAACGCUUACUUUUGCUCUGGACAGCUGGUGUGGGGCUCACAGCUAUUGCCACCUGGAUGUGGUGGAGGAAAAAGCAAAGUGAGGAACUAGAAUUGAAGCAAGUGGGAAUUGUGUCCGAACUACUCAUUUACCCCAUCAAGUCAUGUCGACCAGUGUCAGUGCAGGAAGCAGACUGCAUGGAGCUUGGUCUAUAUAAAGGAGAUCUUAGGGACAGGCAUUGGUUGGUGGUGACCGAGGAUGGGCAUAUGGUGACUGGCAGACAGGAACCUCGUUUGGUUCUCAUCUCUGUGAGCGUGCGUGGUGACUCUUUGUGCCUUAAAGGUGAAGGGAUGGAUGAGCUCCUAGUUCCUAUGUCACUUCCUAAAAGCAACAAGGUGCGGGACUGCAGAGUGUUUGGAAAGGACAUCCAGGGUCGGGAUUGUGGGGAAGAAGCUUCUCGCUGGUUCACAUCCUAUUUCCAAAGCAGUCAGCCCUACUACUUGGUGCAUUUUGAAGAGAAGACAAUGCGCCCACGCAAAUCCAAAGACAGUGAGGUGCUGUUCAGAGAUGUAGAUGUUAUUGCUUAUAGUGAUGCCAGCCCCAUCAUGCUUCUCUCUGAGACAUCCAUGGAGGAUCUCAACAGUCGUCUCGCAGAGCCCAUCUCCCUGAGGAAUUUCAGGCCUUGUAUAGUGGUGUCUGACUGUAAUGCCUUUGCAGAGGAUGCUUGGCAUGACAUCAGGGUGGGCACAGCUAGACUUAAAAGGAUCAUGGCAUGUGGACGCUGUAUCUUAACCACUGUGAACCCUGACACUGGAAUUAUAACACGAAAGGAACCGCUGGAUACCUUAAGAACCUACAGGAAAAGUGAUGCCGCUCUUAGCCAUGUCUAUAAAACCUCACCUCUCUUUGGGCAGUACUACGGCGUGGAUAAAACUGGCACCUUACAUGUGGGUGAUCCAAUAUAUCAGGUGAUCCACAAGCAUCAGCAGUGAUCCUUUCACGGGAGCAUCAAGACCAAUUUAAUUUUGUCUUGUCACCUAAAACACUUUAUAGACUGAGCAUUUUCCUAAUAAUUAUCAUGACAACAAAAUUAUUUUGAUGAUAACAAUAUUGAAUAGCUGAAGAGAGGUGCUAUUAAUAUAAAGAGUAUGGGGAUUAUGAGGCUUAGUAUGAACUGCCAAUAGUCCUUGUAUGGUUAAUUUAGGCUUUGUUGGGUGUCGGGGCCAGACCAUUGAGCUGACAGGAUGCCAUAUUUCACAGUUCUGGUCUUAAGCUUUACAAUCUGCUGCCAUUCUACUUAGAUGCUCUCAUCACUUACUGACGCUAUUUGGCAUAAACAAUCCUCCAUAAACAUUUUGCUAAGCUUUUUGUGAAGAUUACUCUUUGCGAACUCUGUGUACAACAGUGCUGUCCAAAAGGUAGAUCCUCAGAUGUUUUAAAACAGCUUCCAUAAUGCUUUGCCAUUCUAAAGGCAUGCACGCAUCUUGGGAGUUCUAGUUCUACAACAUUUAGAGAUCUACAGUUUGGGCAGCCUUGGUUUACAACCUCUUAGGUCCACUGCUCACUGUGAGACCUGUAAUUUGGUUACUCUCUCAGUAAGAUGAUUCCACUUCUGAUUGAUAUAGCUGUGAACAAAAUUAGUGACAGAAACCCUGCUGAUGAUCGGGCCUCUGGUAGACUGGUAGUUGGGAGUUGUGUGAUGCUCAACUCAGAAAAGUGGCCGGCAAUGGAAGAGUCAUUUGGGGGCUCUUGUAAAUCUACGCUGGGACUUUAUUGGCAAAGUGAUGGUACAGGAGGCUGGAGUGCGGGGGCCAAGCUCGUCAGAUAAAUUUCCAAUGGGCCAAUGUGCUACAGAUGAUCAGAGUGUCUGGACUAGAUUCUAGAGUUCUGGUCACUGCUCACUAAAUUCUAUAAUGUUACCCUGUUGUGAAUAUAAUUUGCCCUUUAUUUUUCUGAGUCUGGUGGAACAACGCUGCUCCUAGACAGUAUUCACUAUGUUAUGCAGACAAGUGAUAUACCACUAGCCGCGCAUGCCAGGAUUCAGGUCUUCUGGUUUGCUCUGGGCAAUUUUUUGUUUGCUCACUGGGGCAUAUUAGAACUUCAAGCAGGCUAUUUCUUUUCCUUUCCCGUAUUCAGUCAGGACCCUUUCCUUCUUUCCUUUCUUCUCUUCUGCUUCAUUUUUCUCUCCCUUCACACUUUUCUUAUUUGGCUACUCAAUCCUUUUCUAUAGCAUAUGACUUAACUUGUAUACAAAGCACAAUAUUUCUUGUCGCUUUGAUAUGGCAACGCCUAAGGUCUUUCUUAACUGGAAGUAUGUCAAUGUCUCUUAUUCUUAAGCCAUCUUUUAGACCCAAGACAUGACAUAUAAGCUCUCUCAUACUAUUUACUAUUUUCUACUAAUCUAUAUCUCUUUAAACCAAUAUAUAUCAUAUUGUUGUAAUUUGUAACAAUUGUUAUUUGCAUUAUACAAUAACCUGCUGCUUAUAUGUACAUGACAUUUCAUAUUACCGUUCAUGACAUAUGCCAUAUCUACCAAUAAACUUUGAAUUAUUAAAAAAAAAA